AUGGGUGACUGGAGCUUCUUGGGAAACAUUUUAGAAGAAGUAAAUGAACACUCGACGGUUAUAGGAAGGGUGUGGCUGACAGUGCUCUUCAUCUUUAGGAUUUUAAUCUUGGGCACGGCCGCCGAGUUCGUCUGGGGAGACGAGCAGUCGGAUUAUGUUUGCAACACCCAGCAGCCGGGUUGCGAGAACGUCUGCUACGACGAGGCUUUCCCCAUCUCCCACAUCAGACUCUGGGUGCUCCAGAUCAUCUUCGUCUCCACUCCCUCGCUGGUGUACGUGGGCCACGCUGUGCACCACGUUCACAUGGAGGAGAAGCGCAAGGAGAGGGAGGAGGCCGAGAUGACCCGGCAGCAGGAGAUGAACGAGGAGAGGCUGCCGCUGGCACCCGACCAGGGCAGCGUCAGGACCACCAAGGAGACCAGCACCAAGGGCAGCAAGAAGUUCCGGCUGGAGGGCACCCUGCUGAGGACCUACAUCUGCCACAUCAUCUUCAAGACCCUCUUCGAGGUGGGCUUCGUGGUGGGCCAGUACUUCCUCUACGGCUUCCGCAUUCUGCCCCUGUACAAGUGCAGCCGCUGGCCCUGCCCCAACACCGUCGACUGCUUCGUCUCACGCCCCACCGAGAAGACCGUCUUCAUCAUCUUCAUGCUGGCCGUGGCCUGCGUCUCCCUCUUCCUCAACUUCGUGGAGAUCAGCCACUUGGGCCUGAAGAAGAUCCACUUUGUCUUCCGGAAGCCUCCCCAGCAGCAAGGGGAAGGGCCAGCCCCGGAGAAGGGCCUGCCCUCCAUGGCCAUCUCCUCCAUCCAGAAAGCCAAGGGCUACAAACUGCUGGAGGAGGACAAGCCCGUGUCCCACUUCUUCCCCCUAACAGAGGUGGGCAUGGAGGCUGGCAGGCUCUCCACACCCUUCGAGACAUUUGAGGAGAAGGCAGGUGAGGCGGGACCCCUCGAAGACAUCUCCAAGGUGUACGAUGAGACUCUGCCCUCCUACGUUCAGACCACUGAGCCAGAGAGGGUUCAGCAGGAGGAGGAAGAGGAGGAGGAGGAUGAGGAAGAUGAACCUCCAGCCGAGACGGAGGCCACGGAGACGAUAGAAGACACCAGACCGCUCAGCAGUUUGAGCAAAGCCAGCAGCAGGGCCAGGUCAGAUGAUUUGACAGUAUGA